CACACGUGUACAGUGUGUUUGUGAUAUAACUUGAAUUAUUGGUGAUACUGUUAUUGUGGUCAUUAAUAUUACAGAAAUCCUGUUAAAUCCAGGAAUAAAAUUCCUGAACAUCCGUAGAAUAAAUGCUCUGCUAAGACUAACGACGAAUUACUGCGAGAGAGUCGCGUGUUAGAGCCGUGGGGGGAGGGGCUGGCCUAGAUAUCGGCGUUAAUACGGGAACUGAUUGGUGAGAUUUGUUAUACAGAAAAACCAAAAUCAAUCUGAUCUGAUUGGUUCCGGCGCGUCUAUCUGGUUUCGGACCAAUAAGGAGCAAGUACGUUGAUUUUUGUAUUGAGAGAGAAAAGAGAGGAUGUGUUAAUGUCCCGCCUCAGGCUGGGGCUUUCAGUGUCUACAUUAGUAUGCAAGAGGUUUGUUGGGCUGCUAGGGAACGAACUGGGAGGGAACUAUUCGGGGAUCCUUCGGUUUCGAUUAAAGAUUGGAAAGUACUUAGACGAACGGGGAAGCUACGAUGUGCAAUAGUAGAUACUUCCCAUCAACCAGAUUUGUUUUUAUUAUCAGCAACUCGUGGUAACAUUCCGCCUACUUUAUAACCAUAGUCGCUGGUCUUUGAAUUGGUUUAACGCCAUACGUGUACAGUUUUUGGUCGUUGAUCCUUUUUUUGAGUUUGCGGGCGUGAAGAUGCGCAGGGGCGUCUCGACCAGCCAGUGAUUUCGGUCCUUCGGCUCGUUUCUUUCCAGCGCUCCGGGAUGCCGUCGCGCCUGUCAGCGCUGCUGUGCCUGCAGUGGGUGCUCCAGUGUGUCUUUUGCCGUGAUGUCACCGUCCCCGCCGGCCCGCUGUACCGCGUGGCGGGGUUCCCGCUGACACUGCCCUGCUCAGUGACCGGGUACGAGGGCCCGCGCAUGCAGAACUUCGAGUGGUUCCUGUACCCCGAGGACUCGGACAGCCGGCAGAUUGGCGUCAUCUCCACACAGGACCGGGGCUUUUCCUACGCCCCCUUCCAGCCCCGCGUCCGUUCGGGUGAAGUACGGGUGGAGAGGGACUCGGGAGACCGGGCCGCUCUGGUGGUGCAGAGGCUGCGACCCGAAGACCAGGGGCGCUACGAGUGCUACACCCCCAGUACCGACACCCGGUACUAUGGCAACUACAGCGCGUCUGUAACCAUCAAAGUGAUCCCUGAUACGCUCCAGAUAAGCCACUCCCACUCUCUGAGCCGCCAACCACUGAUCGAAGGGGCAGAGCUGCAGCUGACGUGCGAGGCCGCCGUCCAAUCCAAAGAGCACACUCACCUGUCCGUCACCUUCGGUGUGCGGGGCGGGGCUGGAUCCAGGGCUGUUACCAGUGGGCAGGGCCAUAACCUGAGGGAGAUCAUCAGCAUUGGCCGUGAGCUGGCCGUGAUCCCCGGCCGGGGCGGAGACUAUGAGAGGAGGUACCAGGAUGGUGAGAUCUCCCUGGAGAAGAGGAAAGGGAAGUCCGCGGGAGACCGGGACCUGUAUGUUAUGAAGAUGGCCGCCGUUGCCCCGAGCGACUCCGGUGCCUAUUUUUGUGAGGCGACCCAAUGGAUUCUGGACCCGGAUGGAAGCUGGUCGAAGCUCGCCCACAGGACAAUGGAACUGGGAGACCUGACUGUGAGGCCGCUGGCUGACACCGUGACAGUGAGCACCACCCCCAGUGGGGCGGUAAACCUGCCCAUCGGCUCCCCCCUCAGGCUGACCUGCGAGGUGUCCGGUGUGGGCGCCUGGAACCGCUCGGCGCUGCUGGUGAGGUGGACGCGGCGGGGGGGCGGGGAGGGCACGGCGGUGGCCCCCGAGGUGGAGGUUGCCCGGAUGGGUCCAGAUGGGGUGACGAGCUGGGGCGACGACGCCAGCCGCGGUGGGGGCGGCGCCGUGGAGAUGGAAGCACAGGGGCGGUACUCCCUCCGCCUGUUUUCGGCACAUCCCGCCGACUCGGGCACAUAUCGCUGCAUCGUCAGCAUCUUCGCCGGACACCGUGACCCGGGACCGUCCAGUCCGGCCUCCGUUACCCAGAGGUCCGGUGGGGUGACCGUCAGCUUCACGGCCAAAGAGGUCCGUGUAGCCGCGGCGGCUACGCUAGCGCGCGGACCUCUCCUAAAGCGGGGCGACACCGUCACUUUGCUCUGCAACGUUACCGUGACGACCGCAGGCCCGUACCAAGUGGAAGUGCAGUGGUUCCAUAAGAGGGAGGAGCCGGGGUCCUCCGGGGAGGAGCCCACGGGGGACGGGCACGCUCCGCUGCUGGCGGCGCUGACGCACGAGGGCCUGUCCCGUCUCCACGGCAACUUUGGGGAUGUGAGCGUGGACCAACCAGAGCACGGUUACUACCGGUUACGCAUCCACGGUGCCCAGAUGCAAGACCAGGGGUAUUACACAUGCCAGGCGGAGGUGUGGGGGCAGGACCCACAUGGGGCAUGGUACAGCACAGGAGUGGCGGCAAAAUCCACGCCUGUCAACGUCUACCUGUAUUCCCGUGCGAUGGACCUCCUCCUCAUUCCCCUGGUGGUGGGCGUGUCCUCGGCCCUCUUUGUGGGCGUGGUCGUCGCCGGCACGGUGACCUGCUGCUUCAUGAACCGCCUGGCCAGGCGCCGCUCUCAGAAAUAGCGCACAUGCUUCCUGGAGACGGCGGGAGGAACGGCUGCCGCGUCGUGUAAAUGUUUACUUUAGCGAUCACGAACUAGACGUGUGGCAUGCAGCGGGUCUCAGGAAAACAGUGGAAUGGUUCGCGGAAACGGACGUCAUGGACCCGCAGCUGGACCCUGUAACGUAGAAAGUCCGUCGCUGCAAAUCUGUCGCCCGUGCCACUUUUUCUUAAUCGUAAAAACCGUCCUAAGUCCGUCCCUCAGAAGGGGAUCAGAAUUCUUAGCAAACAGCCAUAAGCUCUUUCCCUCUACAGGGAAAAAACUUUUUUUUUUUUAUAUCUCUGAUUUAUAUGUGACUUACUUGAGUGUGUUGUCAUAAGAUCUCAGGGCAGGAGUACCAUGUGGGGGAAAAUGUGAGUAUAAAUGACAGUUAAAUGCUGGGAAACAUGCCACUGAUUGUAAAGUCGUCUCCGGUCUUCAUCCGCCCACUAGGGUCACGGUCUACACUCAUUACCGAGUGAAUGGUCUGCGCGGGUGAUAUCCAAGGCCAACCGAUGGUCGCUGCUGCCUAGUCAGCGCGGUAAAAGUAUUUUCCAUCGCAGGAGGUCAGCGUGGAGCGACGCGGUUAGCUUUGGUGUGGGCAGUGCUGAGAGGAGAGACCCCACCCUCGCGGAAGCGUGGGAGAGCGAGGUCGCAGCGCCGGUUCUCACGCCCCAGAGUCGCGAGGGCGGGGCCCGCGGUGGCUGUUCCUGGCGCCCAGACACCUGCCGCGGGCCCAGGAAUUUAGCUAGUUAAUAACGUAGCUAGCAGUUUGGGCAGCUUCAGUGAGACGGUGCAGUGUUAAUGGCGUUUCUGGCAGACAGUGUCGCACUGCAGGUGUGGAUACUGCAAACGCGCGUGUAUUCAAGGGAAGUGGGAUGCGUUUAGGUUACUUUAGUUUUUUAUUUCUGUGAAGCGCAGGUAGCCGCGCCGCGAGCUUUCAGAUAGGCAGAUGUUUGCUGCAUUCUUGCCAUUGGGUUCCAGCUGUUCCCCAGUUCACUGCAGUCUGGCACCCAGUGAGGCUUGAGGCGUUGAAGCCACGCUGGGUGGGACUUGCGUGCUGUCAGUCAAUGGCAGCCUGUUUCUGAUUGGUGAUUCCAUUGUAACAUUUCAGUAACAUCCAGUUGUUGUGUUUGCCCCUUUAAAAUUAAAUCCUUUAAUAUAAAGGGAUUCCCAGCAUCCUAUAACUGGUAUCAUAACCACUAACUCGAGCCUUUGCUUAUUAUGAAAAGACUAUACUGCCUUUGGUAUUUACCUACAGGGACGAUCUCCCUAAAACUGAUUUAUCCCUGAAACUAAACAGUCCAUGCGAUUGUGGUGCUAAGAGACGGUCGCGGAUGGAAUUAAUGACGUUCAUGUGAAGUAGCUCCUAAUCCCUACCUUACGGCUUCCUGUCUUUGUUUCUCCGCUGCACGGACCGUGCAUGUUAGUGUGGUUAUAGGAGCUGUUGAAUAAGCACUGUUCCGUUUUGCGAAUAAGAUGUAUUUUUAUGAGUUUGUAAAACUUUUAAAAUUGUGACACGUUUUCACGUACACAGUUAUUUUGUGUAAUGGUUCUUUGCAAAUGCCCAAUAAACAGUGCAUUGAUAA